AUGUUACAAAUCUACCUAUGUAUCUAUCUAUCGCAGUCUGUUCAUAUAUAUCUCAGUCUGUUCAUAUCUAUUUAUCUAUCCAUCUAUCUUUGUUCAUAUCUAUCUAUCUGUCUCACUGUUCAUAUCUAUCUUAGUCUGUUCAUAUCUAUCUAUCUAUCUAUCUAUCUAUCUAUCUAUCUAUCUAUCUAUCUAUCUAUCUCAGUCUGUUCAUGUAUAUCUCAGUCUGUUCAUAUCUAUUUAUCUAUCCAUCUGUCUUUGUUUGUAUCUAUCUGUCUCACUGUUCAUAUCUAUCUUUGUUUAUAUCUAUCUAUCUAUCUAUCUAUCUAUCUAUCUCAUUAUUCAUCAUCUAUCUAUUAUCUAUCAUCUAUCUAUCUAUCCUCAGUCUGUUCAUUUAUAUCUCAGUCUGUUUAUUUAUCUAUCUAUCUUUGUUCAUAUCUACCUGUCUCACUGUUUAUAUCUAUCUUAGUCUGUUCAUAUCUAUCUAUCUAUCUAUCUAUCUAUCUAUCUCAGUCUGUUCAUUUAUAUCUCAGUCUGUUCAUAUCUAUUUAUCUAUCCAUCUAUCUUUGUUCAUAUCUAUCUGUCUCACUGUUUAUAUCUAUCUUAGUCUGUUCAUAUCUAUCUAUCUAUCUAUCUAUCUAUCUAUCUAUCUAUCUCAGUCUGUUCAUUUAUAUCUCAGUCUGUUCAUAUCUAUUUAUCUAUCCAUCUAUCUUUGUUAUCUAUCCUGUUUAUAUCUAUCUUUGUUCAUAUCUACAGUCUGUUCAUUUAUAUCUCAGUCUGUUCAUUUCUAUUUAUCUAUCCAUCUAUCUUUGUUCUUAUCUGUCUCUGUUUUAUAUCUAUCUUAGUCUGUUCAUAUCUAUCUAUCUAUCUAUCUAUCUAUCUAUCUAUCUAUCUCAGUCUUCUGUUCAUAUCUAUCUAUCUAUCUAUCUAUCUAUCUAUCUAUCUAUCUAUCUAUCUCAGUCUGUUCAUUUAUCUAUCCAUCUAUCUUUGUUCAUAUCUAUCUGUCUCACUGUUUAUAUCUAUCUUAGUCUGUUCAUAUCUAUCUAUCUAUCUAUCUAUCUAUCUAUCUAUCUAUCUAUCUAUCUAUCUCAGUCUGUUCAUUUAUAUCUCAGUCUGUUCAUAUCUAUUUAUCUAUCCAUCUAUCUUUGUUCAUAUCUAUCUGUCUCACUGUUUAUAUCUAUCUUAUUCUGUUCAUAUCUAUCUAUCUAUCUAAUCUAUCUAUCUAUCUAUCUAUCUCAACAUACGUAUCAUAUCUAUCUAUCUAUCUAUCUAUAG